AUGGAAAGUGCUUUUAUAUUCGGAUGUCUCUUUGGAAUGGGUAUCAGAAUGACCGUAAGUAGAGUAAUCAGACAACCCUUUCUAUUUAAAUGUCAUCAAUAUCCAAAAUACAUGUUGUUGACAGGAAUUGCCUUCUCAGGAUUUGACUGGAUUAGACGUCUCUCACUAGAAACAUUGUGCGAGAAGGAAGAGUUACAAGAAUUCCUAGUACGAACUGCACGCAUCAAUUAAUUGGCAACAGGAGCAGAGUCUGUUGGAGAUUACAAGAAGGAGUUUAUCUAAAUUGCCGUAGAUGAGCACAUCUAUUGA